UGGUAUUAAAGGGACUUUGCAGUGAUUGUGGAAGCACCCCUACCAAAUCCCUCACUUCUAAAGCCUUCUGCUCUGCUCUCCCUCUCCAAAGACGGCUUUCAUGGCGGAUACCAAACGAAAGGAUCGCAUUGCAGAACUGUACCAAGCUUUGAAGAAAAAAAACAAGUAUCUGGCCCAAAUCUGCGGUGAUCAACCUCUUGAAGACCCAUUGCAGGCAAUUAGUAAUAUUUACGACAACACAUUCCUUCAUCUGGCCAUUCGCUUCAAACAAAAGGAUAUGGUAGAAGAGUUACUGACAAUGUUGCCUGAAGAAGGAAACCCUCCACUUUGGAAUAUAAAAAACAAGGAAGGCAACACUAUACUCCACGAACUAGCCUGCAGCGAUUCUAUGAUGAAUCUGGCAGGCAAGGUGUUGGGGAGAUAUGAGCCUUAUGAGGACAAACGUAAGGAGUUGGAGAUGUUGCUAACUGCGCGUAACGAGUUUGGAGAGACGCCUAUUUUUUGUGCAGCCCGCCAUGGUCAAACUGAAAUGUUUAAGUUUCUGGCUAAGGAAAUGAAACUAAAGGUAGGAAGUGUAAAAGAUGUCAUGUCUCUGCCCGAGGAUAUGAAAUUAAAGGAAUUGCAGGAGCUGUCGAAGUCCCAACACCAUUUGCAGAGAGAUGAUAAAACAACAGUUCUUCAUAUUUCCAUCACGACUGAGUGUUUUGAAUUGGCCUACUACAUUGCGCGCACCUACUCAUAUUUAAUUGAAGAAAAUGAUCGAGAAUCAAUGACUGCUCUUCAAUAUCUAGCAUGCAAUCCAACUGCAUUUGGAAAAAAUAUGAAAAUGAGACAAGGAGUCAUGGAGGAACUCAUGAUCUCGUUAGAUCCAUUUAAAGAGCUCGGGAAUAACCUCAAGAAGAUAUUCAAUAUGUGUACCAGCAAAGAUAACAUUGGGAAUGGUGAUACCAGAAUGACAAGUUAUAAAAGAUGUUCUCCAAUACUUCAAAAACUCGUCGAGCUUUUGGUAAAGGAUAGUAUUAAUUCUCAAGAAGUUGACCCAAGUAACACUAAGAAGUUGAAAAGUGAUGGACAAGAGUCCCCAAAAAUGGAAGGACAAAAACCUCAAGAAAAUGAAGGGCAAAACUCCAACGAGUACAAGAAGAGUAAUGAAACUCCAUUAUUUUUGGCAACAAUAUCAGGCAUUAAAGAGAUUGUUGAGGAAAUACUCCUCUAUCAUCCUAAGGAGCUUGAGCAUACUAAUAGGAAGGGAAUGAACAUAUUACAGGUGGCAAUCCUUCAUCGUCAGGAAGAAAUUUUUUAUAUGUUGGUAAAGUCUGAAGUGCUUCCAAGAAGUCUAUUUUUAUCUACAAAUGACCAAGGGAACUCCUUACUACAUAUGGUUGGCCAAAAUACAAAAAGUCGAGCUAGUGAAAAGAUGCAAAAUCCUGCAUUCCAGCUACGAAACGAGUUGUUGCUCUUUCAGGACGUGAAGAAAGCCUGUAAGAUGCAUUUGACCAAGCCUCUCAACAACGAUCACCAGACUGCUGAAGAAUUAUUUGCUGCGUCUAAAGAAAAUCUCCAUCAAAAUGCCAAGGAAUGGCUAAUGCGUACAGGUGAGAAUUGCACCCUUCUUUCUGUUUUCAUAGCCACAGUUGCCUUUGCAGCAGCCUACACCGUACCAGGAGGUCCUGAUCAAAAUACCGGUAUUCCAAUCCUUAAAUGUAAACCCUUCUUUGUGGUUUUCAUUAUAGCUGAUGUGAUCUCCCUCACUUUCGCUUUGACAUCUGUGGGUAUAUUUCUAUCCAUCCUUACAUCCACAUUUCCACUACAACACUUCGAAACCUAUCUUCUUAAGAAGCUGACGCUGGGAAUUAAAUUUAUGGUCUUCUCGGUCUCAAUGAUGGCGGUGGCGUUUGGAGCCACUAUAGUUCUGAUCAUGACACAUAAUUGGGAAAGUAUCUUUUGGUAUGUGGUUGCAUUUCUUCCUGUUCCCAUUUUCUUUCUCUCAUAUUCACCUCUACGUUCAGCAGUCCUGAUGCGCAGCACAGAAUUGGUCAAAAAUUUUGUUCCAAUCCUCCUUCUCCCCUUUUUAUUUCCCACUUAUGGGGCUUACAAAGGACAGCGCUGGACCAAGAAAAAGUUUCGGUUUUGUUGGAAUAAUACCCAAUCACCUCAGUCAACUGCAGCUCGUUGUACUCCAGUUUGAAAGAAGAAAAAGAAUGGCGUUUCAGAACUCUUUUCAGAGCACACGCAUGGAUGAAUGAUAACGUAUCACCGGAAUUGUCCUCUCCUUUUCUAUUUCCAAGUAGUAAUAGAACAUGUCUGUGUGAAGUUAAUUAGCAUGUUGAGAGUGUUGUAUUAAUUGAUGACUCAUUAUGGUGCAUGUAUGUUUUAAAUUUUAAUUUUAGAGAUUCUAUUUAACUAAAUUUUUAUU